GGAAGAUCAGGAGCCGUGAAGAGGAUGCCCAUUUCAAUCAAGAAGGGUCGUUGCGGCCUCUGCGCUUCUUCCGGCAUUCCAUUCUUUCGAGCUGGCUGAGUGAUUCUGAUUCCGUCGCGGCGACCCCACCUGCGUUUCCCUUUCUAUAACCGGCUAUCUAGGGCUUCGAAUCAGAUCCCUAUUCCAGAUUCCAUCUGAUUGCCGGCCACAGGCGAGUCGUUCUUUCCCGUGUUUUUGGGGGAUUGAGGAUGACGAUUCCGACUUCCGGGGGCUUGUUGUCUCUAGAAAGCUGUUUACCGUGCACUCCCGAGGAGGAGAGGGAGACGAUUAUGGAGCUGACGAGGGAGGCGGAAGCUAAUAUGAAGGAAGGGGAUUCGGUCUACGUUAUCUCUGCUAGAUGGUGGGGGAACUGGCAAAGAUAUGUGGGCUUUGAAGAGACUGAACUUCCUCAUUUUUGCAAUCAUUCAAAUAAUGGCGCUCUACAAAACCCUUGUAGGCCUGGACAGAUUAAUAACAAAGAGCUCAUUUCAGAUAGAUCAAAUGAAGGAGGUGAUAAACCAACUCUUCGCAUGAAUUUGGAGGAAGGAAAGGAUUAUCAUUUAGUUCACCAAAGAGUUUGGAAAAAGCUACAAGAAUGGUACAAAGGAGGACCAGAGAUACCUAGAAAAGUCAUAUCUGAAAGUAUUAAUUCCAGAAGUUUAAGGGUAGAGGUUUAUCCCCUGGUACUUAGGCUGAUAGACGCAAGAGACAAUUCUCAAAGAAGUCUAAUUAUGAGCAGAAAGGCUUCAGUUAGAGAGCUUUACAAUGAGGUUUGCAUGCUUCUCAAACUCGAGCAAGGGCAGAUUUCCAUAAGGGAUUAUUUCAAUGAGAAAAAGCACGAGAUAUUGGAAAACUAUGACCAAACCUUGGAGGAAGCUAAAAUGCAAAUGAAUCAGCAGAUUCUCUUAGAGCCAAAGGUCAAUGGUUUGUUGCAUACCAGUGGAAUGGAUUUAGCAGGAAAUGCGAUGGCAUUGGUUCCAUUUGAGCCUUCAAGGUUGUCUACAACAAUUGCUGGAGGUCCCUCCUUCUCAAAUGGUUUUUCAGCUGGAUUUGGCUCUAAAUUUCUAAGGGAUAUGGAAGAUAGUGAUGAUAUUUUAAGCAACGGGACAAAAGUGGAUGGCCGAGGACUCACAGGAUUGCAAAAUUUAGGAAACACGUGCUUUAUGAAUAGUGCGAUUCAGUGUUUAGUACACACGCCUCCUUUAGUCGAGUACUUUUUGCAAGAUUACACUGGAGAGAUCAACACGAAAAACCCUUUAGGAAUGCAAGGGGAGCUUGCACUUUCAUUUGGAGACUUGCUAAGAAAACUCUGGUCAUCUGGAAGAACAUCAAUUGCACCCCGUGCAUUCAAGACAAAGCUUGCCCGGUUUGCUCCACAAUUUAGUGGAUAUAAUCAGCAUGAUUCCCAGGAACUCCUUGCUUUUUUGUUGGAUGGACUGCAUGAAGAUCUGAAUAGAGUAAAAAACAAGCCAUAUAUAGAAGUGAAAGAUUCAGAUGGUCGUUCGGAUGAGGAGGUUGCACAUGAAUGUUGGCAAAACCAUAAGGCUCGAAAUGACUCUAUUAUUGUAGAUGUUUGCCAAGGCCAAUACAAGUCAACAUUAGUCUGCCCAGAUUGCAGUAAAGUUUCUGUUACUUUUGACCCUUUCAUGUACUUGUCACUUCCACUGCCUUCGACACUUACCAGAUCAAUGACUAUAACUGUUUUUAGUGGAGAUGGAAGUGCUCUUCCUAUGCCUUUUACUGUGACCGUCCCAAAAAAUGGCUGCUGUAGGGACCUUGUUCGAGCCUUAAGUAUUGCAUGUUGCUUAGGGAGUUCCGAGGCAUUACUAGUUGCAGAGGCUUUUGAUCAUCGAAUUCGAUACCUUGAGAAUCCUUUUGAAGCACUAUCCAAUAUAAAGGAUGACGAGCACUUUGUGGCUUAUAGGCUUCCAGCAAAUCAUGAGAAAUUAGUGAAACUGGAGAUUGUACAUUUCAAAGCUGAAAGCUUUAUAUCAGAGUCUCAGCACAUUUUGCACCGGCAGCUAAUAGGGGUUCCUUUGGUGACAUGUUUGGAUAAGGAUGCAAAGACAGGUUCAGAUAUACGAGCUUCUGUUGCUUCUGUACUGAAACCACUUUUGCGUAAAAAAGUUUCUCCAACAAAUCGGGAUGCAAUGAGCAAGGACAAUGGCUAUGGCCCUAGACUUGAUGCUAUUGUUUUAACAGAAAAUGGCGAUAAUGCUCCUUGUUCAAGUGGCCGGAACCUAUCAAUAUCCAAUAUGGAUGUCGAUGGACCUGAGGAUAUUGCUCCCUUACAGAUUUCACUGACAGAUGAUAGGUUCAUAAAGACACCUAUUAAUGAUGAUGAUGAUUUUCUUCCAGAAUCUUGUAGAAGGGUGGCAUUGGAAUGGUCAGAUAGUGAAUUCAAUUUGUACAAUUUUAGCUUUCUGGAGGAUCUACCUGAAAUUUUCAAGUCUGCUUUUAUGUCGAAGAAGACAAGGCAAGAGGCUUUUACUUUGUUUUCUUGCUUGGAGACAUUUAUGAAGGAAGAACCUCUGGGCCCUGAUGAUAUGUGGUACUGCCCUAGUUGCAAGGUACACAGGCAAGCAACAAAGAAGCUAGACUUGUGGAGAUUACCAGAGAUUUUAGUAGUUCAUUUAAAACGCUUUUCUUACAGCCGCUUCUUGAAGAACAAACUUGACACAUUUGUGAACUUCCCAGUUCACAACCUUGAUCUAAGCAAGUAUGUGAUGAACAAGUCAUCAACCCAACAAUCAUAUUUAUAUGAGCUUUAUGCUGUGAGCAAUCACUACGGAGGAUUAGGGGGUGGUCAUUACACUGCUUAUGCUAAGUUAAUAGAGGAAGAUAGCUGGUACCAUUUUGAUGAUAGUCAUGUUUCACCUGUGAGUGAGGAUUCAAUCAAGACGUCUGCUGCAUAUGUAUUGUUCUAUCGGCGCAAGGAAAUUGACUCCAGUAAUAAUCUACAGGAGUAGGUCUCUGAAUCUCCUAGCCAUUAAAAGUACAGAUGGGUCAACAAUGAUAGUGGUAGACUAUUGAAUUCCUCCAGCUCUAGGGGGUAGCUAAAUAUUCAAAUAUAUUGUUUUGGUGGCCAAAUGGGACGGAUGUGGUGUUUUUCUGCUGCUGAGCUACAAACCGAAGGAUCCCUUGCAUCCACAUAGAAAUUAUUUUAUCAGAGAAGCGGAUUGACGGUAUUUGAUCCUUUCUGCAAUAGUUUUUUUUUUGGCUCUGCCAUAUUUAUGUAGCUACUAGAACAAUCAUGGCAUGUGCUGUCUUUCUUUUAUAAUAUUUGAGAAAAAAUCAAAUAUUAUUUUUUCUUUCAUAAUAUUUUAUUAAGAAUUCAAAAGCAGAACAUGGUCAACAUCAGUGCGUGCUUUGCUUUUCAUUCUCA